AUGACGAACUGCUCAGGCUUGUUGCUUUGGCUUUUUGCUUGUUGCUUGCUGCGCUUGCCGCUUAGUGCGGGCUACUUUACCUUUACGCCCUCCAGCACACAUGGCGUAUUUGCCGCCUUGGCUGUGCCGCUGGAGCUGCCGCAUCGCAAUGUGUUUGUCUCUUAUAAUUUUGAAGCCAACUAUAAUUCACCCAGCGAUUGGGGCAUAUUCACACCCUAUCAAAAUGGCCCCAUUGAGUCUGAAGAGUUGGAUGUAGCACGCAAGUCCAAUCUGGCGGAAGAUCAGUCUGCUGAGGGCAGCGCGGAGCAAAAUGUUACCAUGUCUGGUGAGACAGAAGAGAGCGAACAGACCACAUCCAGCACCGCUGACAGCUCCGAACGCAAGCGACGCGCUUUGCUCACACGCUCAAAUAUUUAUCACAUACUUGUGGAUAAAUUUCAAAGAAGCGGCUUUGGCGGUGAGUCCUGCCUAUUGCGUUUGAUUUGCGAAGUCAGCGCCACGCAGCUGGGCGAAGUCAAUGGCGUGCUCGGCAGUCUUAUGCAUGUGCUCUUCAGUCCCAGCACUUCGGCGCCGGAGCAGCUGCCCUUGAGUUAUUAUCAAGCUGAGCUUGAUGGCGCGCGGGAGGAUUGCCAACAUUAUGAGCAGCAUUGUGGCGAAAGUCUGUUGGAUCUCAUUUCGGAACCAUUCGAGCUAAUACUUCAGCGCAUUGAACAUAAUCAAAUGUAA